GGCUGACACCUCUCGUGGUCCUACAGGAGGCUGGAAAGGCUUUCUCUGGAUUUUCCAGGGCUCUCUCCAGAUGGACAAAAGCUGUUUGAUUUCCAGCCUGUGGCACAGAAGAAUCUUCCGGGAUGGGUGACACCUCUCAUGGUCCUACAGCAGGCAGGGCAAGAGGCUUGAAAAGCUUUCCCUGGCUUUUCCAUGGCUCUGUUUGUCCAUCUGGACAGAGCCUCUUCCUCAGCCUGUGGACAGAAGAAUCUUCUGGCCUGCAGGUGGAGGUGCCUGGUGUCCCCCUCCCUGCAGCACUCACUGAAGUGACUCUCAUGACUGCAUGAGAAGCUGCCAGCAGCUGCAGGUCUGAGCUUCCACUCUCCUGCUCCAAAUGAGUUUCUAAGCUGAUGCAUCGAGUGCUCUGGCUAGAAAAGCAGUUUCAGUCUCUCCAGAAGGGCCGUGCUUCUCCCUCCUUCUCCUCUGCCUAUUUAUAUCCGCCGUGACGUUGCAGGAGUGUUUGCUUUGGAAGAAAUCUCUCCGUCUGUCUGAGCCAAACUGAAAGCAAAGCCGCAGGAGAAAGCAUUCCGAGCUGCAGAGAAAGCAAAGCAUUCCUUUCUUCUCCUGCUGGGGAGAAGGGAGGCCUGGGGACUCGGAGGAAAUGAUCACCUGGCAAGGACAGGAAGCCUGGCAAGGAGCUUCCCGCGGGGCUGGCGAGCAGCUGGCAGAGGAGCACUGAGGAAGCCCAGCCCGGGGGAAGUUGAAAGGCGAACUUUGAAGGCGAAGGAAGUCGGGGCUCCGCGCUCCGGGAGUGGCCGCGCCGCCGCCGUGUCCCCGUCCUGCUGCCGGGAGCGGCUGCGGCUGGAAGGGGAGAAGCCGCGUUUUCUGCUGCUCUCUGCCGCCUCAUUUCCAGCAGAAGAAGAAUGCCAACACAAAGAUGAAGUAGAGCGUUUCCUACGCUGGCCGCACGCCGGUGUCGGCUGGGUAGGGACGGGCUCUGCCUCUGGCCAAACCCAUUCCAGGGACAACAAGAUGAAGCCAAGGAGGAGCUUCCCACCACGCUGGAGCCGCAGUGACUGCUGCCCACUUUAAAAAGCCCAUGUGCCACCGUCCCUGGCGAGAUGAAAGAAGUGGUGCUGUGGUCACCCGAGGAGGUGACCGGCUGGCUGACGGACAAUGCCAUGCCGGAGUACUGUGAGCCCCUGAAGAACUUCACCGGGCGGGACCUCAUCAACCUGACAGAGGAGGAUUUCAAGAAAUCCCCUCUGUCCCGGGUGUCUUCCGACAGCGGGCAGCGGCUGUUGAACAUGAUCGAGGGGCUGAAGAUGGCUCACCACAUGGAGGCUCACAAGAACGGCCACGCCAACGGGCACGUGCGCGCCGGCGACGCCGCGCGCCAGAACGGCUUCGGCGCCGCGCUCAAGCUCAAUGGGGGCGUCCCCAACGGGUUCAAGAAGGAGAUGAUCAAGAUCCCCAUGCCCGAGCCGGAGCGCUCGCAGUAUCCCAUGGAGUGGGGCAAGACUUUCCUGGCUUUUAUUUAUGCACUUUUUUGUUUCGUCUUCACCACGGUGACUAUCUCGGUGGUUCAUGAACGAGUGCCUCCCAAGGAGGUGCAGCCUCCCCUCCCAGAUGCAUUUUUUGAUCGCUUUGAUCGGGUGCAAUGGGCUUUUUCUAUUUGUGAAAUCAACGGCAUGAUCCUUGUAGGACUGUGGUUUGUUCAGUGGCUGCUCUUAAAAUACAAGUCUAUAAUUAGCAGAAGAUUUUUCUGUAUCGUUGGCACACUAUACCUGUACCGGUGUAUUACCAUGUAUGUGACUACACUCCCAGUACCUGGAAUGCAUUUCAAGUGCUCUCCAAAGCUCUUUGGAGACUGGGAAUCUCACCUGAGAAGGAUAAUGAAGUUGAUUGCUGGCGGAGGCUUGUCCAUCACGGGCUCCCACAACAUGUGUGGGGAUUACCUGUACAGCGGCCACACCGUCAUCCUCACCCUCACCUACCUGUUCAUCAAAGAGUAUUCCCCACGGCGACUCUGGUGGUACCACUGGCUCUGCUGGGCUCUCAGCAUGGUGGGGAUGUUCUGCAUCCUCCUUGCUCAUGACCACUACACUGUGGACGUGGUGGUGGCUUACUACAUCACUACAAGGCUAUUCUGGUGGUACCACACAAUGGCCAACCAGCAAGUGCUAAAAGAAGCUUCCCAAACGAACCUCCUUGCAAGGGUGUGGUGGUACAAGCCCUUCCAGUACUUUGAGAAGAAUGUGCAAGGCAUUGUACCUCGCUCGUACCACUGGCCCCUGCGGUGUCCGGCGCUGGCGCGGGGCCGGCAGGUCAAGUACAGCCGCCUGGAUCUGCGUUGGACAACAAUAAAAGAGAAUUUAACUGAUCAUGCACUGUUAUACAUUUCUUGUUGAUAGAGUUGGGAUUUGCAUUUGCCCAUCACCAUGUUCCUUUGUAUAUGAUGCGACAACAUAGAUGAAAAAGCUUUUAUAUCAUGAGUUCUGGUCUUUCCAGUCACGUCUGGGAACAAAGCAUAUUAUUUUCUUGGGAAAACAUACUUUUCAUAUCUCUUGCCCCAAAGAUUGGGCUGUAAGCCAUUUUCUAGCAAAUGACUAUAUGAAGGUUUCUAAAUAUCUGCCUUGGGUGAAAUCAAGAAAUCUUUCUACCUGUUGCACCUGCGCUACGAAUAAGAUGAUAGACACAGAAAGGUUUGGUAAAUCCUGAUUUUGUAGAUUCUGCAGUGACUGACUGUGUCAAAAAAGUGCAAAAAAAAAAAAAAAAGAAAAAAAAACCAAAAAAAAAGAGAGAGAAAAAAUGUAAAGUGAUUUUCUAAGUAUUUCCUAACUUUAUUUUUCAAAAUGUGUAUGAGAAAAAAAAUUAAAUUUAAAAAGAUUUUUACAUGUCAGAGAAUAGAGAGUUAAAAAAAUUUAAAGAAAAUGCUUCUUGGGAGAGAGAGAGAUUUGUCUAUGUUUCUAGUGCCUUUCUUGUCUUGAUUGUAUGGUCAGUAGGCAGUCUUAAAUGUUUUUAUUUAAAAUAAAGUAUUCCAUGAAAGCAGAAUUAUAUAUACUGUAUAAUGACUAAUUUUUGCAUUUAUAGCUAAAUUAAACUGGAAAUUUGCUUAUAAUGUUGAAAUUGCCACGUGUAGGGAAAAACCUCCCACCCCACCAAAUAAAAAAGGGUCCGACCUUGCUCACACAUUGUGGGCAGGUCAAGCUAAAAAAGAAUCACUUUAUUGUUCUACUUGGUAGCUGGGUUUUAAAAAGCAAAACAGCCAUGAAUUCCUGUUUUUUAAGAAUUUUACAAAUGAUCACUGAGUGAACUAUGAAUGGUUUCUCCAUCCCCUUAUCGGAGUGUUGUUGAAAAACAACAAAGAUAAUCUAUUUCUUUAAAAUAUUUGUGCAGAAACUGCAUGGAAUUCUUAAGUUUCCACUCCUACCAUACAUACUGUAUGUUUGGGGAAGUCUCCUAUCCUAAACUUGCCAAUGUGCAGAACAAAAAUAGUUUUUAUAAAAAAAAAAAGAAUGAAGAAGAGAAAAAUAUAUAUAUAAAUAUAUAUAUAUAUAUAUCCAUUCUGUAUUUUACGUGAAGCAGAGUUAUCUUCUGUAGGUUUUUUGUGUAUUCACAAGGUGAUAUUUGUAUUGUAAAACAACAAUGGUGAAGGAAAAUAAAAAAGGCUUUUGAAAAAUGUAGUUUCCUUUUAUCUUCUUAAUAAUUCAGUUGAAAUUUAAAGCUGGGUUUAUUCUUCCAAACCUUGCCUUUAAGUUGAUGUUAUUGCACUGUAGGCCAUCCGAUGUGGACUGUAUGGAAACUGUAUUGAUGUGGAAUUGCUGUUGGGCAAAACAGUGCCUUAAUUAUCUGAAAUAAAUGCUAUGCAAUCGGGAGGAGCCUUCCUGGGAGCCAUCUCCAGGCCUUGAAAAAUCUACCCUGCAACUGCUGGGAUGCAGCACAGGCCAGGGUGGGCAUCCCUUCCCCCAGCAGCUGCCAGGAAAAAAAAAAGAGAAGAAAAGCCAAUUUCUGUGCGUCCGUGGUGGUGAAAGUGUCAUUUUUAUUGUAAUUUUCCUUUCCUUUCCUUUCCUUUCCUUUCCUUUCCUUUCCUUUCCUUUCCUUUCCUUUCCUUUCCUUUCCUUUCCUUUCCUUUCCUUUCCUUUCCUUUCCUUUCCUUUCCUUUCCUUUCCUUUCCUCUUUCCUCUUUCCUCUUUCCUCUUUCCUCUUUCCUCUUUCCUCUUUCCUUUUUUCUUCCCUCUUCCUUUUCUUUUCCCUUUUCCUUUCCCUUCCCCUUUUCCUUUUUUUUCUUUUUUUGGGGAUGUUUUAUCUCUGCCUCUCUGCCCUGUUUCUCAGCCUUGGCCAAAACCGUGGAGAGCUGAUGGGUUGCUGCUUCUGCUGCUCUGCCUGGGGAUGUUCCUUAUCAGUUCUGUCUCCCUGGGAGGGAUGGAGGGAUGCAAGGAGGGAGGGGUUCCUUGGCCAAGCCCUUUGCAACAGCAUUUGCAGAGCUGGGUGGGAAUUUAGGGCUCAGCUCUGCCUGCUCUGCCUUCAAUUCACUGCUUUUUGGGGCUAAAAGUGGGUUUUUCAACAGCCCAAGCCCAGCCCAGCUGAUUUUUGAGGUGAUUUUUGAGAGAUUUGGUGCUCCCAGACGUAACCUGAGGAGUAGAUUUUUCAAGACCUGGCAUCACGCACACCCGAACCAUUGACAUAAAUAAAUGUAUGGAUAUAUAUGCACAUGACAUUAAAUGGAAUCUGCUCAA